AUGGUGAAGAAAGGUGAAGGUAAAACUUUCACACUUAGAGGCUUCAAUGUAACUCACACCUGCAAUGGUGACAAAGAUGACUUGAACAAUAUUGCAAACCCAAAAUAUGCAUCUGAAUGGUACUAUGAGAAUAUGAAGACUGAACUUGGCAUCAAUGAACCAGUACCAUGUCCAGAUGACUUAGCAACUCAGUUCAACAAAUCCAGAAGGGUUAAUAUCAAGUAUCAUAUUGCAUGGAGAGCAAGGGUGAAGGUGUUGGAGAAACUACAUGGAAGUUAUGAGAAGAGCUACCAACUAGUGCAUGCAUUCUGUGAAAUGGUCAAUACAAGAAACCCAGGUAGUAUAGCUACUUUUUCUUAUGGAACUACAGACAACACUUUCUUGUCCAUGACUAUUUGUUUCAAAGCCACUGUAGAGGGUUUAUUGUUUGAUUGUAGAAUGAUUAUUAGUCUGGAUGCAUGCCAUUUGAAUGGGAAGCAUGGUAGUGUGUUGUUACAUGCAACUGGGUUGGAUGGUCAAAAUGGAUUAGUUCCAUUAGGUAUGAUGGUAUGCAGGAUUGAGACAGUAGAGAAUUGGAAGAUAUUCUUGGAGGAUUUGCAGAAGCUGCUUGGUUAUGAUUUUGAGUUUACCUUCAUCUCUGACAAGCACUUGAUGGCCUACUUUAAGAAGUACUACAAGGGGUACAGUAUUCAGACUCAUCUUUGGAAUGCUGCCAAUUUUCAACAACAUAUGGAUGAUGUGGAAGCUGAGAGUGAAGAGGUUGAAAGAUUUCUCAUAGAUGAAAGGCCUGAAACCUGGUCUAAGGCUCAUUUUACACCUACUAGAAAAUGUGAGCACAUCAACAACAACUUCUCAGAAUAUUUCAACAAUAUGACCAAGAAGUUGAGAGACGAGACAAUCUGCAAGAUGGGUUUGAUGUAUUGUGUACAGUAUUAUUGGGUGGAUAGCUACAAGAGAACAUAUACUCCAGAGUUCAACCCAUUGUUGGGCCCAGAAGACUAUGAAAAGACUGCAAAGAAAGAGAUGAUGAAGCCUCCAGUAAACAUCAGGAAAACAGGAAGACCAGGGGAAAGAGAAUUAGAGCAUAUGAUGAACCUCAACCCACAGGAAAGAAGUGUAGAAGAUGAAAGAGAUGUGGAUAACCAUGACAUUUUGAAAAGACUUGUGAUGGAGGAGCGGUUGGUUCUAAUCCAAAUGUACCAAAGGCUAGAACCUGUGUGGAUGGUGAUAUUCAUACAACUUAUGAAUCAGCUCCAUCAAAGAGGAACAUGA